CAACUAUUACUCUUUGGCCCCGCCCCUAAGGACGCAUGCGUUGCGUGGAGGACAUGCGGGUCGCAGCAAAGUCCUCCUUUACUCCACAAACGCUUCUGAGCCUCGGCAGAUCUACUAACUCCGUGUCAGCAUCAACUCCACUCGUCUCACUCAACUUUGGACAUUAUUAGGCCCGCUUAGUUUGUUUGUUGUUUUAGCGCGCUAGUUAGCUUAGCAUGCUAGUUAGCUUAGCUUGUUAGCUGCUAACAAAGAGACGCGGAUUUGAUCAACACAUCGCUUGGUUAAGAUCAAGUGUGAGAGUAAAGUGUUGUGAUUGUGUGAAAAUGUGCGAAAGAACGAUAGCAAAGUAUGAGGAGGAACUUUGUUGUGUGAAAAUGUGUGAAAGAACGAUAGCAGAGUACAAAGAGGAACUUUCUCGUACAAAAGAAGAGAACGAGAGACUACGUCAACUACUGGAGGCUGUUUUCAAGAAACCUCAAGUUGUGUUACACAGAACAGACUUCAAUGAAGCACAUCGUCCUCGUGAGCAGGAGGAGGAACCACAGUCCCCCAACAUACACGAGGAAGAAGAGGUACCACAGUCCCAACACAUCAAAGAGGGAGGAGAAGAGCCACAGCCCCCCCACAUUAAAGAAGAAGACGAGACGCCACAGACCCAUAAUGUUAAACUGACCCUUCACAUUAAAGGGCAAGCGGAGGACCCACUGAUCUUACACAUCAAAAAUGAAGAGGAAGACCUACUGACCCCUCACUAUAAGGAGCAAGAGAACCUGCUGACCCCUCACAUUAAAAAGGAAGAGGAUGACCCACAGACCGCCUACUUUAAAAAGGAAGAGGAGGACCAAGAGCCACCGUACAUUAAAGAGGAAGAGGAGGAAGAGGGCAUCAGUCAGCCUAAAUGGUUGGAGGAGUUCCCAGUGACUGGUGUCCCUGUGAAGAGUGAAGAUGAUGAGGUGAAAGGUGAAAGUGAGGAGAGGGGAGGGGGGGAGCCUCCAAGCAGCAGCUCAACACAACACAUGACAACAGAAGCUGAUGGAGACCACUGUGGAGGAUCACAAGCAGACAAGCUCUUAGCUCCACUAUCAGAUAGUGAGGACACAACGUCACACUCUCCUGACACUGAUGAUGAAGACUCUAAAGAUGAUAAGACAUGUCACACUGACAACACUCACUUCGCAUGUUCUCACUGUCACAAAACCUUUAAAUACCAUUGUGAUCUGAAAAGACACAUGAGAACACACACUGGAGAAAAAACUUUUAUUUGUUCAACCUGUGGUAAAGGUUUUACACAAAAUCAUAAUGUGAAAAUACACAUGAGAACACACACUGGUGAAAAAACUUUUUCUUGUUCACUAUGUGGUAAAGGUUUUACACAAAGUCAGAAUUUGAAAAGACACAUGAGAACACACACUGGUGAAAAACCUUUUUCCUGUUCAACCUGUGGUAAAGGUUUUACAGUAGGUCAGAGUUUGAAAAUACACAUGAGAACACACAUUGGUGAAAAACCUUUUUCCUGUUCAAUAUGUAGUAAAGGUUUUACUAGCAGUCAAUGUUUGAAAGAACACAUGAAAACACACACUGGUGAAAAACCUUUCUCCUGUUCAAUCUGUGGUAAAUGCUUUACACAAGGUCAACAUUUGAAAAGACACAUUAAAACACACACUGGUGAAAAAUCACAUUCCUGUUCAAUCUGCAACAGAAGCUUUUGUGACCGGUCAAUGCUUGUAAGACACAAGAGAACACACACUGGUGAAAAGUCACAUUCCUGUUUAAUCUGCAACAGAAGCUUUUUUCAACGAUCAAACCUUGUAAGACACAAGAGAACACACACUGGAGAAAAACCUUUUUCCUGUUCAACCUGUGGUAAAGGUUUUACACAAAGUACAGAUGUGAGAGUACACAUGAGAACACACACUGGUGAAAAAUCACAUUCCUGUUGAAUCUGCAACAGAAGCUUUUGUGACGAUCAACCCUUGUAGCACACAUGAGAAGACACCCAGGAGAGAAAGUGUUGAGUUGCAGUGUGUGUGGUGAAAUAUUGUCUUCUAAGUACCAGUGUAAGAAACACAAGUGUGCUGGUGAGAACAGCAGCAGCAAAUGAAACUGCAGGAUUUGAAAUAAACUGUCCAGACUUUCAUUUUGACUUUCUAACAACAUCAGCACAUAUAACAUGUGUGACAUUGUUGUUUGUCUAACAAUCUGGUUAAUAUGCGCCUACAUUUAUAGAUUAGAUAUUUUAUAUUUAUAUUUAUAUAUUUAUAUUUUAUAUUUAUAUUAUAUGUGUUGGAUCCGCUUUGGACUGGACUCUCGCGACUGUGUUGGAUCCAUCUUUCACAGUAUCAUGUUUUCAUAUGUUCUCAUAGUCAUCAGUAUCAUCAGUAUCACGGUAUCAUGUUCUCAUAGUCAUCAUUGUCACCGACGUCCCACUGGGUCAUUAUUGUCACCGAUGUCCCACUGGGUGUGAGUUUUCCUUGCCCUUAUGUGGGCCUACCGAGGAUGUCGUGGUGGUUUGUGCAGCCCUUUGAGACACUAGUGAUUUAGGGCUAUAUAAGUAAACAUUGAUUGAUUGAUUGAUAUUAAUGCUUUUUUCAGUCAAGCACAUGCAUUAAUAUCCAACUUUGUGUACUUUUAUUAAAAAAUGGACAGAACCAUUUGAGUAAAAAAGUGAGAGUAAACAGUAAAAUACAUAUUUUACAUGCAAUAAACAUGUGUGUAUGUAUACACACACACACACACAUAUAUAUAUAUAUAUAUAUAUAUAUACAUACUGUAUAUUCAUCAUACAAUUUUAGACCUAUUUAUAUGAAAUAUUGAAGUGUGACAUAUUUGUAUUUGUAAUUGUUAAUAAUCCCAUAGAUUAUCACCUUUAUAUGAUAUACAUAUGUACUGGUUCACAUCUGAAACAUCUUCUGGACCACUUCAGGAAGCAUAUUAUUAUUUACUUUAUACAUCAUUUAAACAGUUGUCUUUUAUACAAUUUUAAAAUGUGUGUCUUUUUGAAUCAUUUGUUGGGUCUCUAUAAUCUAUUUUAUUCAUUAUCGUUAUUACUCUGUAUUAUGAUGGUUGUGUUGUGAUUGUUUUAUAUGUAUGUCCCCGGACCUUUAUGCAAUAUACAAGUGAGAGAAAAUAGCUGAUUUUUAUUUUGUGAAAGGACGGUUUUGUUUUCACAAACUUACAUAUGUGGAUAUAUCAAAUAAAUCCAGUAUUGUGUUUUCAACGUUUUUUUCAAUGUUUUUUUUUCUUUUUCAACAUCCUCAAAACAACAUCAAUAUCAGUCAAAGUUUGAAGUGUCAGACAAAAGCCAAUAUUGUACAUCAUCCCACAGAGAUUUACUUUGCAUACAUUCUUAAAAUAAACUGUUUAUUGUGAUUCCCAGUCACAGAACCAACAAAUGUUGUAUCUAAUUGCAAAACAACAUCCAAAAUAUUUUAAGUGGUCAAUUCCGUCUUGGAAAGAAUGGAAACUUUAAGUUAUGAGUAUGUUUUUGUUCCAGAGAAAAUAAGA